GAGACCGCACCGUGAAGGACUGGGCUGGGCUGCUGGACGAGCACCGUGGACGCCGCGUGCACGGUCCGGUGGCGGUGCGCGGACCCCUUUUGCCCAAAAUGAACCCCUCAAACCUGCUCUGGUCUGUUUUCCCGUCAUAUGGACUCCUAGAUGUGGGCACGAGAAGGACGAGGGAUGUAGCUGAUUCCUGAGGGCACCGCGUGGACUGUGGCGUUCCUGGGUGAAUUUGAUCGGCUUGUGAUCGUCUCGUUCAGCCUUGGCUAUGGAGAACCAGGCAGCCGAGCAGCACAGCUAUGAGGACGUCCAGAAAAGCGGCUAUCUCCGCAAACAUAAAUCAAUGCACCGGCGCUUCUUCGUGCUGAGGGCGGCCUCGGAGCGUGGUCCCGCGCGCUUGGAGUACUAUGAAAACGAGAAGAAAUUCCGCAGUAAAUCACCAGUGCCCAAAAAAGUGCUCAGCCUAGAGACCUGCUUUAACAUCAACAAGCGAGCAGAUUCCAAAAACAAACACAUGAUAGUGCUUUACACCCGCAGUGAGAGCUUUGCCAUAGCGGCGGACAGCGAGGAGAUCCAAAACGAGUGGUACCAGGCGAUGCUGGACCUUCAGUGCAACUGCAAAACUCCAGAUGACUAUGGCAGUAGUGGUGAAUGCAGCUCACCUUCUCCGAUCCCAACCUUUAAAGAAGUAUGGCAGGUUAAGGUGUGGCCCAAAGGCCUUGGACAUGCUAGAAACCUGGUGGGCAUCUACCGGCUGUGCCUCACUGACAAGACGGUCAAUUUUGUCAAACUAAAUUCAGAUGUGGCUUCUGUGGUCCUGCAAUUAAUGAACGUGCGCCGCUGCGGUCAUUCAGAGAACUUCUUUUUUAUAGAAGUGGGCCGAUCUGCCAUCACCGGUCCAGGGGAGUUCUGGAUGCAGGUGGACGACUCUGUGGUGGCUCAGAAUAUGCAUGAGACCUUGCUGGAAGCCAUGAAGGCCUUAAGUGAAGAAUUUCGACAGCGCAGUAAGUCACAGUCUGUGGGGACAUCAUGUGGGACCGCCUCUAACCCAAUCAGUGUCCCAAGCCGUCGCCAUCACCCAAACCUCCCCCCUAGCCAGGUGGGCUUCUCCAGGCGUGCCCGUACUGAGACACCAGGUAGCAGCACAAGCACUUCACCCACAUCUCGCUAUGGCUUCCCUAGAGCCAGGACAGCCAGCAUUGGAGCACGCUCAGAAGAGAGUGGAACAAGUGGCAAAGGAACAUGGGCCAGCUCAAGCCCAAGCCUUAAUGGAUCUUGUUCAACUACACCCACAUUGAGGCCCAAACCCACACGGGCACCUACCCCUGCUAAAAUCACCCUUAGCCUUGCAAGGUACACCCCUAACCCAGCGCCCUCCCCUGCCCCGAGCUUGUCCUCCAGCUCCGGCCAUGGCUCUGAGUGUGGACUGGUCGGGGCAGCGGUGGGAGGCAUGACAAUCUGUUCUUACCCUCGGGUCUCUCAGAGAGUGUCUAUAUCGGGCUCCCCCAGUGAUUACGGCUCAUCUGAUGAGUACGGCUCUAGUCCUGGGGAGCACUCUUUGCUUGUCCCAAGUUUGUCCGGGCAUCACGGAGAAGGGAUGUCCAGCUAUAUUGUCAUGGGGCACUCCCAUCAUCGCCCCAAAGGCCGUAGGAUCCUGCGGCGAUCCUCAAGUAGAGAGUGUGAAUCAGAGCACAGACUGCUAAGUAAAAGAUCUUCUUUACCUUUAGCGUCUCAUGAACGACUUACUCCACAUCGGAAAGAGGAGGAAGAUGAAGAUGAGGAGUACACAUUCAUGUCACAAUGCGCAGAUAGGGGGGCUACAGGGGAGAGUAAGAAGAGGGGUGAGAAAAGCCAGGGAGCUGAGGCUGGAGCACUGGAUAGUGGUUACAUGUCAAUGCUGCCUGGUGUCUCAACUCCUCCAGUGUCUCUCUCUCUCGCCAUGUCUGAUAAAGGAGGAGACGAAUACAUGGCAAUGACCCCCAACAACAGUGUUUCCCCCCCUCGCCACAUGCGGCAGCCCAGCACAGAGGGCUACAUGCUCAUGUCUCCCAACAGCAGCAGCUCCACAGACCUGCCGGGACUAAGCAUGUGGGAGGGCAGGGGCAGCGCGGAGAGCCAGGUACAGAGCAACUACAUGAACGUGUCUCCUGUGAGCAGCCGCUCUGCCUGCAGCACACCCCCCUCUCAUCCCGAACAGAACCAAAUACAGCCAAAAAUGUUCAAUUCUUAUUUCUCUCUUCCAAGAGCCUAUCAACAUACUCUUUGUACUCGCUUUGAGGAUGACUUAAGCAAAGAGGGGGAGAAAAAGGACAUUAGUGUAGAUCACACUACUAGAAAAGGUGCCAUGGCGUUUAGUAAAAGGAACAAAAUGACAGUGAGCCCAGCAGGAGGCUGCCAACUCUCUAUGUCUUCCUCCUCCUUCUCCUCCAGUUCAGCCAGCAGUGAAAGCCUGGAGGACAAGUCCUUAUCAGCAGGGAGAGGGCUGAGCCUAUUAAGGACAGGUGUAGAGUACAAAAGUGCUGGAACAAGCACGAAGGAUGGGCAUCACCCAAAACGUGGGUCCAGUAAGAGCCCAAAGCAGCAGAGAAGGAGUCGCCCUCUGAGUGGAUCGGACUUGUUUAAAGCAAACACCCUGCCUCGUGUCAAAGAGAACCUGCCCCCAAAAGUAUCCCAGAGCGUGGGGGAGUAUGUAAGCAUUGUCUUUACAGAAGACAAGUACAAUGCACAUCAUGAAGGGACACAUCAUGGGCACUCCGUUAUUCAUGGCACUCUGCGUCCUGUGAACCAGCCCCUUCUCUGUCAUAAUAACAUGACCAACCUUCCCCGCAGUUUUUCUGCACCUCUUUCUGUUCCUGCAGAAUAUGUCAGCAUGGACCUGGGGAAGUCCUCUACAAACCCAACUCCUGUCAGGUUCAAUACCCCCCAAGGCUCAUCCUCUACUACCCCAAAAGUCAAACACACUGCGCCUUCUCCUCUGGCUGCUGAGAGCAACCUUGGGUUCAGGCCUGGGAUACCCUCAGUGGAGCCAUCCAGUUUGAGCUUUUCUCCCAUGAAAUCUGCAAAGUCUCCUGAGCAUAGUAGUCGGUUGGUUCGAGGCGACACACAGGGACGUUGUAACCACCACGCAGACAAGUUUAACUCUCCUCCAUUGCACCCACCUCCAUCUUCUGCCCCCCACUUUCCAGAGGGCAACCAGCCACCCAGCCAUCGACACCAAGACUGCUCACAGUGGGAUAGUGGACAAGCACCUGCUGCAGCACCACAAGCCUCCAGCUCAUCUGCACAGCAAGGCCUUAACUACAUUGACCUUGAUUUGGCCGUUAAAGAGAGCCCUCAGGCCGGACCCUACAACACAGGAGGGAGCAGCAGUGGCCCCAGCCUCAACACUUAUGCCAGUAUUGAUUUCUACAAGUCUGAAGAACUGAGAGCACACCAGAGCAGUAAAAAGGAAGGUCAAGAUUGUUGACCUGCUUUUUUCUGGGGGAUGACAAUGUGACAGCUUCAAGCAUCACAGCCCAGUCUGUAACUCUACACUGGACUUACCUGUUCAACCAAAUGUGUGCCAAACUUGCAUACAUACAGACUUUGAUAUAAGGUGACGGGUUGUGUUUAAAUUAACCUGACAUUUGAUGAUAACUGGUAACACUGACGUAUU